CAAAGACACCAACAAAUGACAUGGGACGCAAUGGUUGCUAACGAUCGGCUAGUUAUUUUCGUUUCGUUUACUGCAAUAAUAGCAACUCGGCUCCUGGCAAAGGAACUAGUACUUUGCUCAGACGUUCGCCAACCAUUUGAGGGCAAAUCAUUGCUGACUGAUUCUGGAUACCAAUCAACGAUGAGCACCAAAAUAUUAUCCUGUGAUUUUGAGAUUUUUGGUAUAGUGCAGGGAGUAUUCUUUCGUAAGUAUACUCAAAAACAGGCAGCCACCCUAGGCGUUCGUGGAUGGUGCAUGAACACUAAGGAUGACACGGUCAAAGGACAGCUCGAGGGAGAAGAAAAACCCUUCAAUGAAAUGAAGUAUUGGCUACAGACGAAGGGAAGUCCAUCGAGCCGUAUCGACAAGGCGGUUUUCAGCGUACCAAAGGAAGUCACUAGUUAUUCAUUCAAAGAUUUCUCCAUUCGACGCUAAACGCCAUGGUCACUAGAAUACACUACACUAAUAUGCUUUGUAAAUUGAAUGUGGUUAUAUAUUUUUGCUUGCAGCAAAAAAUAAGGCACGAGGUACAU